AGCCGGACGAAGAAGUGCGACGAAGAAGUCUUAGUACGUCGCACUACGUGCGGCGGUGUGACGAAGAGAGAAAACGACUGGAGAGGGAAAAUGGAGCUGCCGGGGAGAAAAGCACCUCAGAGACAAGAAAGCCGAAUGGUUGCUUCUGCUGAUGCCAGUUCGCCGCAACACGGUGAUUCUGUCCAGGGUUUCCAGUUUUCUGCAUAUGAUCUCUCACUCGGGGACGACAGCCUUGUAGAUGAUGUCUCACUUGAAGGACUGGAAGAGGAGCUGGAGCAUUUCCAGGGGCAAGAGGUUGUCUCCAGCAUUUUGGGACAAGGGAGUGAGUUGAGAGAAUUUGCGCGGGAUGUGGAGGAGAAGCUGCGACAAGUGGAACUGGAGUCGAUACAGGAUUAUAUUAAGGAAAGUGACAACCUGGUCCUCCUCCAUACACAGAUACGAGAGUGCGACAGUAUCUUGGGAAAGAUGGAAGAACUCCUCGGUGGCUUUCAGGCUGACCUUGGAGCCAUCAGCUCAGAGAUCAAGAACUUGCAAGAGCAAUCUAUGAGUAUGGGAAUAAAAUUGCGAAACCGUAAGGACGUGGAAGGGAAACUGGCAAAGUUCUUGGAGGAUAUUGUGCUCUCACCUGAACUAAUAGACAAUAUUUUCGAAGGGGAGAUGAAUGAAGCCUAUCUAAAGUCACUGGAAACACUCAGCAGGAAGUUGAUUUUUACUUAUGAGCACCCUACUGCGAGGACUGCUGCUUCUCUCAAGGAUGUGGAACCUGAGCUGGAGAAGUUGAGGGUGAAGGCAGUUGCCAAGAGCAGGGAGUUCUUGCUGCAAAAACUCUACGCACUACGGAAGCCGAAGACAAAUGUUCAGAUUCUUCAGCAAAAUGUGUUGCUGAGACAUAAGUACCUUGCGACAUUUUUGCGAGAACAUGGAAAGGAGAUUUAUCCUGAAAUUCGAAACGCAUACGUGGAUACUAUGGGUAAGGUUCUGUGUGCACACUUCAAGACAUAUAUUCAGGCAUUGAUGAAGGUGCAGCUUGACUUAGUUUCCAAAAACGAUCUGAUUGCUGCUGAGGAUCUGAAGACGGGCGGGCUUUUCUCUCGCGUUACGAGUAAGGAAGUCCUGAAGAAUCGAUCAGCAGUCUUCUCUCUUGGAGACAGAGCAGCAGUCUUGAAGGAAAUUGAUCAGCCUGCUAUUAUUCCUCAUAUUGCGGAAGGGAGUGGGCAGCGAUAUCCGUACGAGGUGUUGUUUCGCAGCAUCCAUAAGCUUUUGAUGGACACUGCCACGUCAGAGUAAAUGUGCCGGCCUCAACCCAGACAACUGUCAUUCGUUGUUUUUUUUGGUCAUUCAUUUCUUCCCACUGCUUGC